CCACACCCGCUGGUCCUGCUGCUGUGGCCCCUGCUCCCUCUAAGGCAAAGCCUAAAGAGGGCAAGAAUAACCCUAAGCUGUCCACAUCUCCUCACACUUCUGCUCCUAAACCUGUUCCUUCUGGACGCAGGAAACGCUCCUCUUUAUCUGCUUCAAGCUCCCCGACCUCUCCCAAAUCUGCCUCUGUAACUCAUGGUACCCCACCAUGCUCCCCCCUGGCUUCUCCUCCAGCUGACUCUCCUGUCACUAGGCAAAGUGCUCCCAAGGUUGUAAAAGCUGUCAAACAGGGGAAGCAACAGAAAGCAAAGAAUUUCAAACCUGCCGAUAAACCUGCUCAAGAGAAUGAACCAGUUGUCGCUUCGCAAUCUUUUGCUAUACCAGCACCAGAGGUACAAACAUCUAAAGAUGCACCUGCUUCCCCUGUCUCUCCCAAAGUUGCUGUAGCUCCUGUGGCUUUUAAAGUAACAUCAAAGCCUGCUGCCCCUGCACCUCGGUCAUUUACAGGAGAGAUGGCCUCCAGUCCACCCAAGGUGGCUGAUCUUCCAAAAGUAGAAGCCCCUGUGGCAUCUGCAAAAUCAGCUGCUAAACCCAAGCCUGAUGUAAAGCCAGCCUCUGCGGCCUCAAAAGAUAAGCCCUCCCUGGCUGUUACUGCCACCCCAAAGAAAGCACCCCAGGUUAUGCCUGAAGCAGUAGAUGAUGAUGAUCUCCCACCACUCAUACCACCUGAGAAUCCUGUGCCCAUUUUUCCCCCCAUGCCACCUACCACAAUUACUGUAGUCACUCCAGAAGCUCCUAAAACUGAACCUGUCAAUACCGUUGAGUCCGCCCCUAAAGCUAAGUCUGCUUCUGCCCCCAAAGGUAAGCCUAUCCAAAAAGAAGCCCCUGCCCCUAAAACAGAAGUGGAGCCUGCUGCUAAAGCUGAGGCUGCCCCAAAAGUUGAGCCUGCUCCUAAACCCAAGGCUGAGGCUGCUCCCAAGGCUGAGGCUGCUCCCAAGGCUGAGGCUGCUCCCAAGGCUGAGGCUGCUCCCAAGGCUGAGGCUGCUCCCAAGGCUGAGGCUGCUCCCAAGGCUGAGGCUGCUCCCAAAGCAAAAGCCGAGGCUGCUCCCAAAGCAAAAGCCGAGGCUGCUCCCAAAGCAAAAGCCGAGGCUGCUCCCAAAGCAAAAGCCGAGGCUGCUCCCAAAGCAAAAGCCGAGGCUGCUCCCAAAGCAAAAGCCGAGGCUGCUCCCAAAGCAAAAGCCGAGGCUGCUCCCAAAGCAAAAGCCGAGGCUGCUCCCAAAGCAAAAGCCGAGGCUAGCCCUGCCCCUGAAGCUGAGACUGCACCUAAAGCUGAGCCUACUCCUAAAGCUAAGUCUGAGGCUGCCCCUAAAGCAGAGGUCCCUCCUGCAGUUAAGGCUGCUGCUGCUCCUAAAGCUGAACCAACUAAAGAUCAUAAAGUGGAGACUGUCCCUCAACCUGCUAAAGUUGAAUCUGCCCCUGUUCCCCCAUCAGUUAAAGCCCCAUCUGUGCUGGAGCCAGUCAUCAAGAACGACAAGGGGUCUGGUACUGAAUCGGACAGCGAUGAAUCUGUUCCUGAACUGGAGGAGCAAGACUCUGCACAAGCACAGACACAAACACAGCAGGCACAGCUUGCAGCAGCUGCUGAAAUUGACGAGGAACCUGUCAGCAAAGCAAAACAGAGCAGAAGCGAGAAGAAAGCCAGGAAGGCCAUGUCCAAAUUGGGGUUGAGACAAGUUGCCGGUGUUACCAGGGUAACCAUUCGCAAGUCCAAGAACAUUCUCUUUGUCAUCACCAAACCAGAUGUCUACAAAAGUCCAGCUUCAGAUACUUACAUCGUCUUCGGCGAGGCUAAGAUUGAAGACCUGUCCCAGCAAGCUCAGUUGGCAGCUGCAGAGAAGUUCAAGGUCCAAGGAGAAGCUGUUUCAAACAUCCAGGAAAACACACAGACGCCCACAGUACAAGAGGAGAGCGAAGAGGAAGAGGUUGAUGAGACCGGUGUGGAGGUUAAAGACAUUGAGCUGGUCAUGUCACAGGCCAACGUGUCCCGGGCAAAGGCUGUGCGUGCACUGAAGAAUAACAAUAACGACAUUGUCAAUGCUAUUAUGGAAUUGACAAUGUAGAUGGAGAUCAGGGACUGGUUCACAUUAAGACGUUGCUGAUUUGAUCUACACUAUUGUUUGUACAAUUUAUAUUCAAGAGAAAUAAAGGAGUGGCUUGAUAAAAUUA